AUGUCUGACGGCUCCGAUAUCGAGAUGCAGUCAACACUGCCUAAGAUUCAAACGAAAAAAAUUCCGAAGAGCCCAUCCGAAGAAUUAUUAAAAGGAAAUCAAGAACCGAAGAGAGUAAGCACAAAAGUUAUGAUUCAUCAAGCUUUAACUGAUUUAAAGAGUAGAAAGGGGACUUCCCUUUACGCCAUCAAGAAGUAUAUAGACGAGAAAUAUAAUGUAGACAUCAAAAAAAUCAACAACAUUAUCAAGAAACUUAUUAAAGCUGAAGUCGAAGCGGGAGUCAUUAUACAAACGAAAGGUGUCGGCGCCUCCGGAUCUUUCAAAUUAGUGGUUGGAAAAGAUAAAGUUGAGAAAAAGAAAGAGAAGAUUAAAAAACUCGUACAGAAAGUCAAAGAGCCCGAUGAUAAGCCUAAAAAGUCUAUCAAAUCAAAUAUAGAGGCGAAAGCAAAAGAAAGCCUUGAAAAAAAAUCAAAAAAGAGCCUUGAAAAAAAAUCAAAAAAGAAAGAAAACGUGGAUAACAAAGUGGAAAUUUAUAAAAAAACGGUUAAAGCAAAAGGAAGCAAAGAAGGUAAAGAAAGCAAAGAAGGUAAAAUGAAAAAACGAAAUGCUAAGAAGAUGGCGAAAGGAAUACAAACUCCCGCCAAAAAGAGGGCCGCCAUGAUGAAAAGAAAAAGCAUCGGUUCGAUCAUAAAGCCGCCAAAGAUGAGGCCUAAAGCAAAAGCUUGA